AUGUUAAAUAUUAUUGACGUAGCAAUAUUUGCUUCAAAUCGUGGUGAAAUUAUUAAAGAUUAUGAUAUUGAUAAUCGUGUAUGUGAACAAUUACGUUCGUUUUCUGAUGAUAUAACAAGUAUUGAUUCAUUAUUUAAUGAAUUUAAUGAUUCCGAUUUAACCGGUGUAGUUAAUAAAGGUGCAUUUCUAUGUAAUUUUAUAAAACAAUGGAAAUUACGUAAUCCACAACAACUAAAAUCUUCAUCUAAUGAUUCACAAUCAUCACAAGGUUUUGGUGAAAAUGCUCGUACACAUAAACCUGAUCCUGAUGAAGCAAAAUUAAAACAAAUUAUUGAACGAACUGGAUAUAAAGCUGAAGUCACAGCUGGUCAAUGUAAAUAUGGUGAACCACCACUUGAUGGACCCGAUCGACCAACUAAUCGUAGUGAAGUUUUUAUUGGUAAACUUCCACGUGAAAUAUUUGAAGAUGAAUUAAUUCCAUUAUGUGAAAAAGCUGGAAAAAUUUGGGAUUUAUGUUUAAUGAUUGAUCCAGCAUCAGGCUUUAACAAAGGUUAUUAUUUUCUUAAUAGUUAUGAAAUAAGUCCAGGAAAACCAAUAAAAGCAAAUGGUAGUAUUGCUAACAUUCGAUUAUUUAUUGGUAAUAUACCAAAACCAAAAUCAAGAGACGAAAUUAAAGAAGAAUUAUCUAAAGCAGUUCAAGGUGUUACAGAAGUUAUUAUUUAUACACCAGCUGAUGAGGCUGAUAAGAAAAAAACUCGUGGACUUUUUUUUUGUUGA